UUCAAUCAUUUUGGGCAGCCGGAAGUAGUCACAGGGAGAGAAGCAUAAGGCUAAUUCAUAUUUUGCGUAUUGCAGCAUAGUUUAGUUUAAAGUCAUGUGAAAUGUCUUAUCGGAUUGUAACGUCUCUGUCAACAUAAGGUAAGACCUUCCCCACAGCUCGUGCUGAGCUUGGUUUGGGAUGUCAGAGGAGGACUUUAAAAUCACUGGCGGAUAAAGACGUCAUUGAGCGUAUAUUUUCCAGACCUAUGCUUAUAAAUGUCCCUAACACUGACAGCCAUGAGCAACAGUGCAGGGACCGGAGGCCAGCAGGAGUGGUCGGGACCCGGGCAGACGCCGGGGCCUUCGCGGGGCCCCUAUAUUUCAGUCAUCACUAACAGGACCACCAACCUGCUCAUCCGAGGGGCCAUGCUGUUCUCUGUGGGAGUCUUCCUGUCCCUGGUGCUGAACUUACUUCAGGUGCAGAGAAACGUUACUCUCUUCCCCCCCGACGUCAUAAGCAGUAUCUUCUCCUCUGCCUGGUGGGUGCCCCCCUGCUGUGGCACAGCCUCAGCGGGCAUCGGGCUGCUGUACCCCUUCAUCGACCGGCGCCUGGGGGAGCCUCACAAGUUCAAGCGGGAGUGGUCCAGUGUGAUGCGCUGCGUGGCCGUCUUUGUGGGCAUCAACCACGCUAGUGCUAAAGUGGACUUUGCCAACAACGUGCAGCUGUCUCUGACUCUGGCGGCGCUCUCCAUCGGACUGUGGUGGACUUUUGACCGCUCCCGCAGUGGCUUUGGCCUGGGGGUCAGUAUCGCCCUGUUGGCUACGCUGGCCACACAAGUCCUGGUUUAUAAUGGAGUCUUUCAGUAUACUUCUCCAGACUUCCUGUAUAUUCGCUCCUGGUUACCGUGCAUCUUCUUCGCGGGGGUGAUCACCAUGGGAAACAUAGGGCGGCAGCUAGCCUUGUAUGAAUACAAAUUCAUUCAGGAAAAGACCCAUCAGGACUGAGGGGUCUCUCCAGCCCCUUGUUAUUGCAGCAGUCUGAAGCCAGAGGCAGUUAUCAGAGAACAUCUUCAUGCAGCACACGCUGACCUGCUGGCUCUGGAUCAGCCAGUUGAGGCGUGUCCAACGAGACCUGAGCUCCUGAUUGGCUGCCUGCUGCUUUCCAAUGGACAUGACAGUAUUUUUGAUUGGCUCUUGUCAGGUCAUUCAGAGCUCCGGUGGCUUCUAACUGAGCUGAGACAGACAAUGAGGGCGGAGGUUGUUGUGUUUGUGUUGCUGUUUAUCUCUACGUACCUGCGGAGGAUUAGCAGCAAAGCAUCUAUCGUUCUUCAGAUCAGCUUUGUUGUGCCAAACAGUCACACAGGAUCAGUUUUAAAGUCUGCUCUUAUCACCAGUCUUUCAAAGCCUUCAUGUAUCAGUGGAGAACACACAGUUAACUUGCAUCUGAACAGAUAUGCAGACCUGACUGUUUACUGUAUGUGAUGACCUGACAUGUUCUUGAUAAAGGAAUGAUGCUGUGUACUGUACACUGGCUGUGAAGCCACCAACAUGUGUACAUCAUUGGUUUGAGACGACUUCCUAUUGAUCGUGAAAUCUUCUGAGGGCUUUGGAAGAGCUUUUAGUACAUUUUGAAAUGAGUUCCAUGCAUACAUAAACACUGCUUUGAGAUGUGUGCAUUUUUUUAAAGAAUUUACUUAUUGUUGGAGAAUUAAUUUUUUUGUAAUGAUUUGUUCCUUUUAGGGAGCAACAUUUAUCCAAUUAUUAUAAUAUGUAUCCUUACUAGUUUCCUGGUUUAAAUAAAGGCCAACAUUUAGCGUUA